CUUGCCUUUCCUUCAUUUUCAGUAUUUCAAUAGAUAGGUCUUUUGUUCAGGAGAGAGUUUGGGAGUCUGGUCAUUCAAGCAUUCUCCGUGAAGAUGCUGAGGCAUUUGUUGAAGAAUCCAGCUCUAAACCUAAAACCAAAAACUCUUGCUUUUCUUCAAUCGUAUAAUCCGCACAGGGGUAUGCACAGCAGGAACAAGAUGGCAAUGGAGUUGAUAGCGAAAGGGUGGAGUGCUUUGAAGGAAGUCGAUAGAGUCAUUGACUACUGCGAACUCAAUGACCAACGUCUUAUCCCUCUUCUUCGGACAGCUAAGGAAAACUUUGAGUUGGCUUUAGAGGCGGACAAUUCGAAUACCCAUGCAAGGUAUUGGCUGGCCAAAUUGCAUUUAAAGUACCAUGUCCCGGGAGGAUGUAAAGCUAUAGGGGCUGCAUUAUUAGUGGAAGCUGCAGAUAUGGGUGACCCAGAUGCACAGUAUGAAUUGGGUUCUCAUAUGAGAGUGGAGAAUGAUUAUGUGCAGUCAGACCAACAAGCUUUCUAUUAUUUGGAGAAGGCAGUUGACCAGUUGCAUCCUGGUGCUCUUUAUCUUCUUGGUGCUGUAUAUUUGACUGGAGAUUGUGUGAAGCAAGAUCUUGCUUCAGCUCUAUGGUGUUUCCAUAGGGCAUCAGAGAAGGGACAUGCUGGUGCAGCCAUAGCAUAUGGAUCGCUUCUUCUUAGAGGUGCUCAAGUGCCAGAAUCAUUGACAAAGUUUAAUUCAAACAUGCGAUCAUCAGCCAGAAGAGCAAGGAAGAUUGCUGAAAGCCCUGAUAUAAAUCCAGUGGAGAUGGCGAAAGAACAAUUCAGGAUUGCUGCAAAAGCAGGAUGUGAUCUCGGAUUUAGAUGGUUGAACAGGAUGGAGGAGGUAGAAAAGCUCUUGUUGACUGAACGCAACUCUACUGCUUCUCCAUCUGCAUCUGCAUUGCAAACCUGAAUUUUGUUUGUAUCAAACAUGUUAUUUACAAAACCAGGUCUAUAGAGAUGCAUCGGUUAUGGCCAACUAAGAUCCUGCAUGAAUUUCUCUCUUGAUCUAAUAGUCCUGCAAUUGCUUGAAAUAUUGAAAAAUUUGAUAAUUUAUUGCUUCUAUUUCAUGAUGAAUUGCACAAUGUCCCUGUAUCUAAUUUUCCAAAGCAUUUUGGAAAGUAUUAAUGUUAUCGACAAUAAUUGAAUGAAAGAGUAUUAUUUUAGACAA